UGCCUACUCCGUUGUUGCGGUCGGAGAGCUGGGAGGGGUCAUUAUUUCGCAGGGACCGUGGGAGGGAGGAGGCACAUCCGACACACCGACAAAAGCGUGCAGCCUCAGAUUCAGCACCACAAGAUUAAAAGGAAGCGUCCGGAUUGUCAAUCUCCGGUGGGGGGGUUUCACUGAACAGGAGGACACCAUUUUUAUUUUUGGGGAGUGCUCAGUAAGACCGGGUGCUGUGCACAGUUUGUGGACCUGUGAGAGGCGUCAUCUCCAACAGUUAAAGAGACCAUGACAACUGCCACUUCCCCUAUCCUGUUGAAAUGGGACCCGAAGAAUCUUGAAAUCCGCACCUUGACUGUGGAAAGGCUUCUGGAGCCCCUGGUCACUCAGGUGACUACUCUGGUGAACACCAGUAACAAAGGGCCGUCCAGUAAGAAGAAGGGACGGUCUAAGAAAGCUCAUGUUUUGGCAGUAUCUGUGGAGCAAGCCACCCAAAACUUUCUUGAAAAGGGUGAGCAGAUUGCCAAAGACAGCCAGGAUCUCAAGGAGGAGCUCAUUGCUGCUGUGGAAGAUGUCCGGAAGCAAGGAGAGACGAUGCGAAUUGCCUCGUCUGAGUUUGCCGAUGAUCCUUGUUCCUCCGUUAAACGCGGGACCAUGGUGAGAGCUGCUCGCGCCUUGCUGUCUGCUGUCACCCGCCUGCUCAUCCUUGCUGACAUGGCUGAUGUCAUGAGGUUGCUGUCCCAUCUGAAAGUUGUGGAGGAGGCUCUAGAGGGGGUAAAAAAUGCUACCAAUGAACAGGACCUGGCCAACCGCUUCAAAGAGUUUGGAAAAGAGAUGGUGAAGCUUAACUAUGUGGCAGCUCGGAGACAGCAGGAGCUGAAAGACCCCCAGUGUCGAGAUGAGAUGGCAGCUGCUCGCGGGGCUCUGAAGAAGAAUGCCACCAUGCUGUACACRGCUUCACAGGCCUUCCUGCGCCACCCAGAUGUGGCGGCCACACGCGCCAAUAGAGACUACGUGUUUAAGCAGGUCCAGGAGGCCAUGGGAGGUAUUUCCAGCGCUGCUCAGGCCACCUCGCCCACUGAUGAGAAGCAUGGCCACGCUGGCAUUGGAGAACUGGCUGCUGCUCUCAAUGAGUUUGACAACAAGAUCAUCCUGGAUCCACUGACAUUCAGCGAGGCUCGUUUCAGGCCCUCUUUGGAGGAGCGCUUAGAGAGCAUCAUCAGUGGUGCCGCGCUGAUGGCCGACUCCUCGUGCACACGUGAUGACCGCCGUGAACGCAUUGUGGCUGAGUGCAACGCGGUUCGACAGGCCCUUCAAGACUUGUUGAGCGAGUACAUGAACAAUACUGGCAGAAAAGAAAAAGGUGACCCACUGAACUCAGCCAUCGACAAAAUGACCAAAAAGACCAGGGACCUGCGUAGACAGCUGAGGAAGGCAGUGAUGGACCACAUCUCCGACUCUUUCCUGGAGACCAACGUACCCCUCUUGGUGCUCAUCGAAGCUGCAAAGAGUGGAAAUGAAAAAGAGGUCAAGGAAUAUGCUCAGGUGUUCCGUGAACAUGCCAACAAGUUGGUUGAGGUGGCUAACUUGGCUUGCUCCAUUUCCAACAAUGAGGAGGGUGUGAAGUUGGUGCGGAUGGCAGCCACCCAAAUUGACAGCCUAUGCCCACAGGUUAUCAAUGCUGCACUUACUCUCGCUGCUCGGCCCCAAAGCAAGGUGGCCCAGGACAACAUGGAUGUUUUUAAGGAUCAGUGGGAAAAACAAGUGCGCAUUCUGACUGAAGCUGUGGACGACAUCACAUCUGUGGACGACUUUCUGUCAGUUUCAGAGAACCACAUCCUUGAGGACGUCAACAAAUGCGUAAUUGCUUUGCAAGAAGGAGAUGUGGACACUCUUGACCGAACAGCUGGAGCUAUUCGGGGUCGAGCUGCGCGUGUGGUCCACAUCAUUAACGCUGAGAUGGAGAACUAUGAACCUGGAGUCUACACUGAGCGUGUGCUGGAGUCCAUCAAGCUCCUGUCUGAAACCGUCAUGCCCCGUUUUGCAGAACAAGUGGAGGUUGCUAUUGAGGCUCUCAGUACGAACCCGCCACAGGCAUUUGAGGAGAACGAGUUCAUUGAUGCAUCUCGUUUGGUGUACGAUGGUGUCCGUGACAUCAGGAAAGCUGUCCUCAUGAUAAGGACACCAGAGGAGCUCGAAGAUGACUCUGACUUYGAACAGGAGGACUAUGACACUCGCAGCAGGACAAGUGUCCAGACUGAAGAUGACCAGCUAAUUGCAGGACAGAGUGCCCGGGCCAUCAUGGCACAGUUGCCCCAGGAGGAGAAGGCAAAAAUUGCUGAGCAGGUGGAGAGCUUCAGACAGGAGAAGUGCAAGUUGGACGCAGAAGUCGCUAAGUGGGACGAUAAUGGCAAUGACAUCAUCGUGCUAGCCAAGCAGAUGUGUAUGAUCAUGAUGGAAAUGACAGAUUUCACCAGAGGCAAAGGCCCCCUGAAGAACUCCUCAGAUGUGAUCAACGCAGCUAAGAAGAUUGCGGAGGCUGGUUCCAGGAUGGACAAAUUGUCUCGUGCUGUUGCAGAUCAGUGCCCAGACUCUGCCUGUAAGCAGGAUCUGCUAGCCUACCUGCAGAGAAUUGCCCUGUACUGUCAUCAGCUCAACAUCUGCAGCAAGGUGAAAGCCGAGGUGCAGAAUCUGGGUGGAGAGCUCAUUGUGUCUGGUUUGGAUAGCGCCACCUCUCUGAUCCAAGCAGCCAAGAACCUAAUGAAUGCAGUGGUGCUGACUGUGAAGGCAUCUUAUGUAGCGUCCACCAAGUACCAGAAGGUGUACGGAACAGCUGCCGUCAACUCCCCAGUGGUGUCUUGGCGCAUGAAGGCUCCAGAGAAGAAGCCUUUGGUAAAAAGGGAAAAGCCAGAGGAAUGCCAGACACGUGUAAGACGAGGCUCCCAGAAGAAACACAUCUCCCCUGUCCAGGCCCUCAGUGAAUUUAAGGCCAUGGACUCUUUCUAGAAGUAAAAAAAAAAAAAAAAUAU